UUCUUCCUGGAGGUGACCCAAAUGGCCGGGAAUAAUCUUUUUCAACUACUGAAAGACUUGCAGCAGCUUUGACGAUUGAUUGAUUUCUUUAAAAGAAAAAAAAGCAUCCUACCGUCAACCUCCGAACCUCCUCGCCGCACAGAGAUGAGCAGUCCCGAUGCGGGCUACGCCAGCGACGAUCAGAACCAGGCAAGGUGCGCGAUGUCAGUCAUGAUGCCUGGAAUGGGACACUGCCAGUGGGCCGACCCUCUCAGCCCCCUCGGGGAGCCCAAGGUCAAGAGCGAGCCGUGCGUCUCCUCCUCCGCUACCUCCGGGGCUGCUGCAGCCGGCGGGGGGAACCAGAGUCGCGGCAAGAGCGAGCCGAGGAUCCGCCGGCCCAUGAACGCCUUCAUGGUGUGGGCUAAGGAUGAGCGCAAGAGACUGGCUCAGCAGAACCCGGACCUGCACAACGCCGAACUGAGCAAAAUGUUGGGCAAGUCGUGGAAAGCUCUCCCCGUCGCCGACAAGCAGCCCUUCGUGGAGGAGGCCGAGCGCCUGCGCGUGCAGCACAUGCAGGACCACCCCAACUACAAGUACCGGCCCCGCAGGCGCAAGCAGGUGAAGAGGAUUAAGCGGCUUGACUCCGGCUUCUUGCUCCAUGGGGGGUCCGAGCACCAGGCCCCCUCGGUGCCCGGGGACGCCCUGGGGCUGGGCUACCACGAGCACGGCUUCCAGCUCCCUCAGCAGCCCCUCGGCCACUACCACCGCCCGGACGCCCAGGCCCUCGGGGGCUACGAGGGCUACAGCCUCCCCACGCCCGACACCUCGCCUCUGGACGCCGUGGAGUCUGACUCCAUGUUCUUCCCCACUCAGGAGGACUGCCACAUGAUGUACGCCGCCUACCACCCUCAGGGUGCCGAGUACCAGGAGCCGCUUGCCACCCACCACGCCAACACCCUCCUCCAACGACACCCCGCUUCAGCUCCAGAGCAGCCCCCGUCUUACAUGGGAUGCCCCAACCCCCUGCCGGCCAUGUACUACAGCCAGGCCAAGCGCCACCCUGGGGCGGGGCAGCUCUCCCCGCCACCUGACUGCCACCCUCAUGACAACGUGGAGCACAUGCACCACUCGGAGUUGCUGGCCGAGGUGGACCGCAGCGAGUUCGAGCAGUAUUUAAGCUCCGCCUCUUCCUCCGGGCGGGCCGACUUGGCGGCCUUGGCGUACGGGCCCCACGAGGGCGGCGGGCAGGGACCCGAGAGCCUGACAUCGUCUAUGUUGUCGGACGCCAGCACCACCAUCUACUACUGCAGCUACAACAACUCGUAAAGCAGCUGCUGGUGUUUUUGAUCUUGUCACUACUGAAGCAGCCGGCCCAUGAGAUGAUCAAACUACUGAAGUGUAUUUUUUUUAAAAAGGAACACUGCUUUUUUUUUCUUACUCUCUCUCGCAGGGAUAUCAAGUCAUUUAUAUAAUGAUAAUAAAUAUUGUACAGUCACUAUUUUAAAGUCUUUGUAUAUACAAAGGUGUUUUUUUUUUAUACUU